CGCGGGGUUCGCGGAGAUCGCGCGGUUGUGUGUCAAACAUUACGGUAUUCCGCAGCCUCCGAUAUUGGGAGCGAGUGCGGAGCCGUCAAUUGGUUCUGCGUACGGACUGGUUUCUAGGGCUCAGCUCGGUUCAUUCACACGCGAGCCGGCGCGACGGAGAGACGGCUGCGUAUGUGCGCGCUGUCAUGACUGACACAUUCCUUUCCUCACCAGCCGCUACGCAUCCGAAGUGCGAUAACCUAGUGAGCAGCGUGCCAAGUUUCGAUUUCAUCGUCGCAACGGCUGCGUGAGCGACCACACGUGUUCUCCAGUGAUGCAAAUGCGACCCGGCAACGAACAACACUAAAGUUCCAAACUCAAAUUUGACGUUCCCGUCGAUAUGACAGCUGACGCGCGAAUGUAAAUAAAUAGUUGAGCACGUAAACAUUUUGUGAAAAAUUGAAAAGUUUAGUGUUCAGAACCAAGUGCAGAUAAAAAGGUGGAAAAUGACGUCCCGCUCGAAGGAAAAAGUCGCUGCCGCUUUUCGGAAACUGUUCCGGUCUCCAGAGAAGCUCGAUAACGACGGCGCUGGGCCGAGUGGCUCGCCCGCCAGGAGGGGACUCCUGCGUCGACACAGAGACGGCGUAAGCCCUGCAGAGGCGGCGGCGAGCUUGCCCUCGAGUCCCGGUGCCACGUCCCUUGUGAAGAAGAAGGGUGGCGCGGGUGCGGGCGAGGUUCGAGAGCGCGCCGCAGCCGUACGCACGCGCAGACUCAUGAAAGAACUCAAGGAGAUACAGCGACUGCAGGAGAACAGACCUGACCCUAUCUUCACGGUGGAACUGGUGAACGACAACCUGUUCGAAUGGCAUGUGCGCCUGCACCAGAUCGACCCGGAGAGCGAGCUGGCGGGGGACCUGCGCGAACUGCACAUACCCAAUAUCCUGCUGCACCUCAUCUUCCCGGAGAAUUUCCCCUUCGCGCCGCCCUUCAUGAGGGUCAUCGAGCCGAGGAUAGAAAAGGGUUUCGUAAUGGAAGGCGGAGCGAUAUGUAUGGAACUGCUAACACCUCGCGGCUGGGCCUCCGCGUACACUGUAGAGGCGGUGGUGAUGCAGUUCGCCGCCUCCGUGGUGAAGGGUCAGGGGCGAGUGGCGCGCGCGCCGCCCCGCCACUCGAGGGAGUUCUCCCGCCGCCGCGCGGAGGAAGCUUUCCGCUCCCUUGUCAAAACACACGACAAGUACGGCUGGGUCACACCCGCUCUCUCAGAUGGUUGAAACAUCGUAAACCCUGCGCGGUCAAACGCCAAUGUAUAACUCUUAAAUACUCUAAUUCCGAAGGUAGUGUAUGUGUUGUGAAUAUGUGCAUGUGCCAUCCUCAAAUAUAGUUUUAAAGUUUUAAGAAUAGAUUAUAAUAUAAAGCUUUCGGAUUUUGUUAAACGUUUCACAAUAACGAAAAGUACUUGUAAUCUGACAUUCCAGAUAAAAUUUGUU